GAGAUACCGUGAUCUUCUACUGAAAUAUAAUAAAAUCCUUUAUUAUUCUUGAAACAUACAGGAACAAGAAGAAUGAAGAUAACAAUUGUUUUAGGAUUAGUUUUCCUGGUUUUGGCAUCAGAUUUGGUGAUGGGACGGCCAGCGGAAAGGCAAAAGAGAUGGGAUUUCUUUUCAAGAGCUCGUAAUGUCUUUAGUGAUUUAGGAGAUAAGAUAAGUGACGCCGCGGACGAUGUUGGUGAGUUUGCUGGGGGAGUGGCAGACCGAGCCAGAGAAGGCAUUGUCCAUGCUGUUGGUCAUCUAGAGGACUUUGGUGAUAAGGCAGGCGACAGAAUUGGUGAAGCUGCACAGAAUGCCAGAGAUGCCAUUAACAACUUAUAAAUGUUUACAAUAUCCGAUUCCAUAGACAACUUUCUGUAUUUUUGAAAUUACAUCAGAUUAAUUAAAUAUAAUGCAAUCAGA